AUGGUGACAUUAUUCGAAAAUCCACAUGAAUCUCCACUAGCGAUGUUUUUAUUACAAGUAUUUAUCACGUUAAUUGUGUGCAAAUGUCUCGCCAAACUGCUUUCAUUCGUUCGGCAACCGCAAGUUAUUGGACAGAUUAUAGCGGGUAUUAUCUUUGGCCCAUCUAUACUUGGAUUUACAAAAGGAUGGUCAUCAGCGAUUUGGCCGACGUCAUCGUUGAAAGUCUUUCAAUUGAUCGCCAAUUUAGGAUUGAUCUUCUUCAUGUUUUUUCUCGGAUUAGAACUUGAUUUGAAUCAAAUCAAAGCCAACUGGAAAGUGACAAUACCAGUUGCUUGUGCGAGUAUUAUUGUGCCUGUCGGAAUCGGUUGUGCGGUAGCCUUGUGGUUCUAUGAACUGAAUGAUGGAAUUGUCGCGAGUAAAACCGCUUUUAUUCUGUUUAUUGCAUCGGGUUUUGGCUUCUCAGCAUUUCCUGUGCUUGCCACUCUAUUGAACUCUAUGAACUUAUUGAAUAAGCCGAUUGGUAUCCAAACGAUUUCUUUAGCUGCUGUUGAAGAUAUUGUCGUUUGGGUUGUGUUGGCUGUUGCCAGUGCUUUUUCAUCGGGCGGCUCUGCUCUUCAAGGUCUCUAUACAUUACUAUUAACAUUAGCUUUUAUUGCAAUAAUGGUACUUGUGAUUCGACCAAUAUUUGGUCGUAUACAUGCUUUCUAUCAUAAAAAAGAAGACGAUUGUAAUGUUUAUAUUGUCGUCGGUUGUUUUCUUUUGCUUCUGAUUGCAUCAUUUACAACGGAAGUCAUGGGAAUUCACGCAUUCUUUGGCGCAUUUAUUGCUGGCCUUUGUAUUCCACGUAAAGGUGAAUUGGUAGAAUUUCUUUCCAUUCGUAUUGAAUUGAUUAUCGUCGAAUUUUUCUUACCUCUAUACUUUGCAAAUAGUGGUCUAAAGACACGUUUGAAUCUUCUAAACACCGGACGAGCAUGGUGGACAUUAGCUGUGUUAGUUAUCAUAGCAUCGGUAUCCAAAAUCGUACCUGUGACAAUUGCAACGAAGAUCUUCUCCCGACGAUCGUGGUACUACUGUGCGUCGAUGGGUGUUCUUAUGAAUACACGUGGUAUUGUACAACUAGUUGUAUUGAAUAUCGGCGUGCAAUUGAAAGUUAUAUCGCCUGUUAUAUUCGCCAUGUUUGUUCUCAUGGCAACGAUUCUUACAUUGGCAACAUCGCCGAUCCUAUCCUUUCUUUACAAACGCGACUCUGAUCCGAAGGUGUUAGAGGAGUCGAAAACGGCACAUGAUCUACAUUUGGCUUUAGAAGGCGAAGUUAAUCUUGAAAACAAGAGCGAGAACGGAACAAUCGACAAUGAUGCAAUCAUACCUCCGAACAAACGUUCGGAAAAUUCAAUUAAAACGAUUUCGGAUGGUCGAAGUUACUCCAUCGCAAUCCACCCACGACCGAGCUUAUCUGGUCAUGAAAUUUCUACAGUAACUAAAGACAAUGCACUGCAAAGAAAAUGUUCACGAAUGACUUUAUUUUAA